AGGAAGGGAGCGGGCAGGGCUGCGGGGAGCCCGGGCGGUCUCUGCUCUUCUCCCUCCCUCCCCGCGGAGAUGGUGGUGCUGCGGGCUGGGCUCUGCCCUGGCCUCACUGAGGACAUGAUCCAGCUUCUCAGGGAUAAUGGCAUCAGGACGGUGGUGGACUUUGUGUCGUCAGACCUGGAGGAUGUUGCCCAAAAGUGUUCCCUGUCUUACAAGGCGCUGGUCGCAGUCAGACGUGUGCUCCUGGCCCAGUUCUCUGCCUUCCCUGCCAACGGAGCUGACCUCUACGAGGAGCUCAAGAGCUCCACUGCCAUCCUGCCCACUGGCAGCCCAAGCCUGGACCAGCUGUUGGACUCGGGGCUGUACACAGGGGAAGUGAUGGAGCUCAUGGGAGCACCAGGCACUGGGAAGACACAGGUGUGCCUGGGCAUUGCAGCCAGUGUGUCCCUGGGGCUCAAGCAGCACGUUCUGUUUCUCGACUCCACGGGAGGUUUCACUGCCUCCCGUCUCUACCAGAUGCUCCAAGCCCAGACAGAGGAUGAGGAGGAGCAGCUGGAGGCUCUGCAGCGGGUGCAGGUACAACGUGUGUUCAACAUCUACGAGGUGCUGAGAGCCUUGCAGGAGCUGAGGGAUCACCUCUCCCAGCAGGUGCUGAGCUCUGUGGGACCUCUCAAGGUGGUGGUGCUGGACUCGGUGUCGGCUGUGAUUUACCCUCUGCUGGGUGGCAGGCAGUCAGAGGGUCUGGCCCUCAUGAUGCAGCUCUCCAGGGAGCUGAAGACCCUGGCCAGGGAGUUCAGCCUUGCUGUUGUGGUGACCAACCAGGUGACAAGGGACAGCAGCAGUGGCGCACUGAAGCCAGCCCUUGGCCGCUCCUGGAGUUUCGUGCCCAGCACCCGGGUGCUGCUGGAGAGCAGAGAGGGGCCCUGGGAGAGAUCCAGCACACAGCGGGCAGCUUCCCUGGCAAAGUCACCCCGGCAGCCAACAGGGAUCCAGGUGGAGCUGGACAUUGGGAAUGGGGACGUGUUGGACCCGAGCCUGGUGACACCCACAGAGGGGCUCUGAUGGGCUGGAACAGCAAAUGCCACAAAGGUUCAAGAGAGCUGCACCAAAGCAGGCAAGCACUGAAGGUUUUACAAGCUGGCUGAGAGUCCUGCAGCCCUGGGAAGGACCAACAAGAAAAAUCUCUUGUUCUUCUGCCCUGUGGAAAAAUGAAAUGGGGGGUUCCUGGAGACCUGGACAGUCAGGGCAGGUCCUGUGCUCUGCUGCAGGCUUGUCUUCACCCCCAGAGUGCUCAGGUGGUGUUGGGGAUCUGCUUGUCCCUGCCCAACCCCACAACUCCCUGUCCUGGUUUAAUUCCCCCCUGGCUCCCUGCCCUCAGGAGUUCUGAUCAUCCUUGGGCCCACAGUGGGCUUGGUUCAGAAAUAAAAGGCAAAAAAAAAAAUAAAAAAGCUGUUGCACAUUGCUGUGGUUGUUGAGAGCUGGAAUUCAGUUAAUGACAGCUGCUCUGAGCUUAAUUAAAAUGUUGAGCAGGCCUGGGCUGCUGAUGAGCAGGGACUUAAUGAGAUGCUUGAUCUUCCCUUCUCCCCAGAGGAGCCCUGUGGGGACCUGCUGGUGUUUGUGGGGCACAGCUGGGCUGUGCAAAGGCUUGCUGGUAACUGAUGGAGGCUCUGAUCUGGCUCAGCUCAGGCAGAUGGGUCCUGGCUGGCACCAGCUGGAUGCUCAAGGACCUACUCAAUUGCAUGUGGUGAUGUUUAAAAUAAUCUUGCCCUGCUCCAGUGCUUCCCAGCUGCUCUUGCGUGCUCUUGGCAACCUUUCCUGAGGAGAGGGGAGGCUUGGAUGUGGAGUUUCCUCUUGAUCCCAGAUGUCUCAGAUGCCCUCAGUUUAAGAGACUCCUUGGCAGGUGAGCUGAGCCAUGAUUUGCACUUCGAGGCAGCUGAUGGAGAAUUUGGGGGCUGGGGUUUAAUUAGGGCAUGCUCAUUAAACUAAUCACACAGCAGCACAGCUGCUGGAGCCCUCUAAGGCUGUGCUUGGCACAUUAAAUACAUAUUUCUUACUGAAAACUUUUUAAA